CUGCUGCCGACCAGAGGGGAGUAGAGCCGGCUGCGGCAGGUAGAAGCAGCCCAGGCUUGGUGGAUGCAUUUAGUCGCAUUCCUCCGCCAUGCCGGACCGGGGCCAGAAGCGAGGGGGGGCUGGUAUCGGCUCAUGCAACCUAUUAGACACCGGCAACUCCAUUUAACUCCGCAUGUCGAAGUUUGCAUUCUCAUGACGCAGCAGCAGUGUGGAUGGAUUAAAGGUAUGAGCAGGAUGCCCUAAGCUCACGACCCCAUGCCAUUAACUGGUAAAUCCAUAUUGCACUGAGAGGACUGACACGGAUUAAUAUUGGAGCGGAUACAUAAAACAUGGGAGACCUAGAGUGUGGCUUUGAGGAAAUGCAGGGAGUAAGACUUGGAUACCUGCUCAUCAAAGGCAAGCAAAUGUUUGCUUUGUCUCAGGUCUUCACCGACCUGCUGAAGAACAUCCCUCGGACCACUGUGCACAAGCGCAUGGAUCACCUGAAGGUGAAGAAGCACAACUGCGAUCUGGAGGAGCUGCGAAAGCUCAAAGCAAUAAACUCUAUAGCUUUCCAUGCCGCUAAAUGCACUCUCAUAUCGCGGGAGGACGUGGAGGCUCUGUAUUUCUCCUGCAAGACAGAGCGGGUGUUGAAGUCCAACAAAAGGAAAGCGAAAGCAGUGUGUUCCCCCAAGGAUCCUGAUGUUUCAUCGGGUCUCCUCGGUACAGACGCCGAGCUGUGGAAGGAAAAAGUUUGGUUUAGUUUGCACGGUGUCCCGGACACUGUCACACUUCACAACAAAACGGGUAGGAGGAAAGAGCGGACUCCUUGCCUUAGGGACUCCAAACUACCUCAAUUUUACCACAAAACGCACGGACGUGAUUACUGUUCGGCGACUAAGUCCAGUUACAGACACUUUAAAAACUAUGAAACAGCGAAAAUAACAGGGGAUUGUGUUACUCUGAGCCAAAGGCACGCCUUUUUCAGGAGCGCAAUAAGCCGGCAGCCGGUGGUGCUUCAGUCCGCCAUAGCUGCUCAGUCCCGGCUCUCGCGCACACCCGGCGACCUACUCCACAAAAGGAAGAGGAGGCGAGAGGGGGGCGGCGGCAGGGACAGCGCCAGGCAUUCGUGGAGCAGGAGCAGGCACGCGCACCACCAUGUACCACCGGUGCUGCUUGUACAACCCAAAGCAUCCAGCGGUCACGGGACUUCGUUUGGUGCUUUCCAUCUCGGUCCGGACUUAUAUCUUGACCCCAGACCUUACCACCACCAUCACCACCAGCAUCACCAUCAUCAUCAUAACCACGAACCAAGUUUUCUUGAGGGUUACAGCAGUGACACCGAGUCCAGCACCAACUCAGACCGGGCAUACCAGGACUCGGACUUUGGGUCCAACUUCUCCACAACCAGUAACUCCGGGAGCUCAGAGGAGGAAGAGGAGGGUAAGGAUGAAGAUGACACGCAGUCAGAGAGUUCAGAGGUCAGUUCAGAUGAGGAGAGAAGCUCUUCUCAAUCUGACUCAAGCUCAGUCUCCAGUCGUGUUUCGAUCCAGAGUAUCCGCUUCAGACGGGCCCGGGUGGGUUCUCUCGCCAAAAGUCACAACGCCGAUAAAGCGCCAUUGGUCCUACAGCCCACGUUUCAUUACAACCAGCAGCAACAACAAAAACAACUCAACACACUGUGCCAUGUUGCCACUUCACAGACAGAAGACAGCAAACAGGAGAAACGUCAAAAAUGUGAAUUUAUAUGCAGUGAAAUUAGAAAUGACUUGGGACCCUUACAGCCACCAAAACUGAACUCAGCUGUUGUGGGAGGGAGGUCCCAAAAGGAAACGGCAUCUGAGUCGGAUCCAAACAGGGCUGACCCUGUGGAUGAACCGGCCUCUUGUUCACCGGGACUCAACCGCAAUAAGGGUUUUCACCCCUCACGCAUGACACCGGUGCAUCUCGCCAAUUUCCCCUCGGAACAGAGCGCACAGUGUGACCAGGACAAAGACGCAAAGCUCUCCAGAUAUACAGACAAAGGGGAAGCAAAAGCCACCAUCUUAAAACUACCCACUUCACUGAAAAACAUAAAGACCGAGGCGGAGGAGCCUUCUGUAACCGCCAACCCCCACCCGGACAGCGACAGGGCUAGGACACCACCGUUCAACCUCCACAAUGUAAAAGUUAAAGUGGAGGAAAGCUGUGAUGAAUAUGAAUACCAGACCCAGGCCACUGUAGUCAAAUGUAAAGGAGAUAAGGCAGAGAUCAGCAAUGGCCAGUAUCCCAGCAGAGUCAUCAAACAAGGGGACUUUUUCAACAGCGGGCUUAAAAUCACAGAGAGCCAUGAGGCGAAUCAGGAGACCCCAUGUGGUCCUGAAGAAUGCAGGAGCACCCAAGAUACACCACGUAGCGAGGAAGGGGAGCACAGACACAGCAUUUGCAGGGCGCCAGUACCAGGGAGUAAAAAACCCCGAGUUUCCAGAACGCAAACAAAGCAAAAUGUCCACAGGCGCAACAAGGCUGCCUCCUCCUCUUCGUCGUCUCGUCCCGAGGACACAUCCACGGAGGAUUUACCGAGCAGACGCAAACGCAGCAACACGAGCACCGUAGCAUCGCCUGCAAAAAUGCCUUUCAGCCUGAUGGCAAAUUUCCCAUCCCCGCCGUCCCUAGUUCUUGGCAUUGACGGGGAUUUGUGUCCUGCUUACUCCAUGAACUUGCUGAGGAGCCCCGGGCCUCCCCCUCCAUCCCACCCCGUGUGGAGGUGGCAGCCAGGCGGCCAGAUUCUCCCUCCCCCACAUGCUCAGAGAACUAGGAAAUACUGAGCUGUGUUUUAAGCAGAAAAAAAACAAAACAAAAAACUAAAGCCCUCACAGUGUCCAUCUCCAGCCUAACCGUAGUCUCAGUCUUAAAGUAAGUCCACCAAAUUGGCCUCAACUUCAUCGGUGUAUUGUUUUCGUCCCGUUUUUCCGUGAAUGGAUUUACAUUCCGCUUUGUUUUCAAGUUUCGGGAAAGGGAGGAAAAUGUACAUGAUGCUCUUCUGCAGCCUCACAAACCGCCCACAGGACUGGGAGACCGUAUGCUUAAAACACUUGUGUUUUUAAAAUAAGUUAUCUGUCCUUGGCAACAUGUUAGCGUUUCCAUUCUCGGCCUGUUGGAUUGUAUGGUGUCUGCGUUUCAGCGUUUUGUUUUGUGCUUUGUCUGACAGAGAGUAGGGGGUAAAAAGAAAUCUUUGAGAUGAGACUGUUUAUUGCAGAUGUAACUGACCGUAAGUUUUACUUGGUGAAUCAAGAAAAAAAUAUCAGGUUUUCCCAUUCUGUGCCACUUGGUGAAUUUUAUAUAUCCAAGCUGUAAUUUCUGCCAUGACCGUCAUGUUGACCAGCUUGGCCACAAUGGCCCAUGUGUCCAAAUGUUCAGUUUCAGAGAAUAAUUAAAAUUUAGUUUAUUGAUGCCUAAUUAUACAUGCUGACACUUAAGUCUUUAUUAGAUUUUAUAUGAAUUUAUUCCUUUUUUUGAGCACUAAUGGUUUGUUUUUCAGUCUUGUUUUCUUGUAUUUCUACGGAGUCUUUCCUGGUUUGCAAAUGUGUGGCGUGCACAAACACAGGCCUAGACACAACACGGGCCUUAUGUACAGACAAUCAAAAGAAAGAAAGAAAGAAAGAGGCUCAGAUCGUCAUAGCACGUCAAGUCCCACCGUAGACUCCAUUCAUGACAACUGGGCCACGGAUUUCUCCAUCAUAUUUGUGCCACAGUGAGUCUGCAUUUGCGUUCAGAGCACGCACAUAAGUCAGGAAAAUGUAAAACACAGUGACAAUGUUAGUUUAUCAAUGGGAUGUGGCUCACGAAAUAGAACCAAAACAGCUUCGGACUCCUUCUAGUUAUACUGGCAACCCAGAAACAGUGCAACAAAGCACAAGCGAUAGGCUGAAAUGCAUUGCACUUUGACACUUUUGGGGGUCAGCUUUAGGAUUUUCUGACCAGCCUGUGAAAUGAUGUCUGAGAGAUGCUGAUUAAAACACACUAAAGACGAGUUUGUCUAAUUUGGAUGUGGCCACAAAGGACAAACUCGUUUUACUGCUGGUAUAAUUUAGCCAUGUGUGAGUUUCUAACCACGGAUGGUUGUCUGCCUGUAAUUUAAUGAUAUGCUAAUUUCAAUGAAGCCACUGCUGUUCAUUAUUCUAUUUUAGUUGAUGUCAGUUGUCUGGAUCUGAGCUGGAAAAGCCUCCUUUCCUAGCAUUAGUCAAGACGCCCAAAAUACAAUAUUCUUUUAUUUUUAAAAUAUCGCUUUCUUUAUUUGCCAAAUGUCACGAUCUUUAAUGUAGCCUUUUGAAUAUGGUCAGUCAGUGAUUGCCCCAGGUCUGUUUCAUUGUACACAUCUAUAAACAGCAGUAAAUCAAGUGGUUGGAGCUGCACCUACAUGUAGGUAUUUUAAGGAACUGUGUAGAUGUAUUUAAUGGCAGCACCGGACGCGCUCUGCUAAUUGGCAGCCUUUUAAUGCCUGACAAAGAGAGGCCCAGCUUGGCUAUCUGGAUCACAACAAACCCAAAGCCCAUGGAUGAUGUCAGCCUUCUCAGAAACACUGCAAUGGCUCAUUCAUUCAGAGGACUGGGGGAACUAUUUAAUGGGAGAUUGUUAAAGGGGGAAAUUUUUAAAAAAGGACUUUCACUCUGCCUAAAUCAGUGUGAAUACAUGUUGUAGAUGUUUAGCAAUGUGACUAAAUCACCAUCCUGCAGCCUUGAAGCCCAAAGUCAUCACAGGCCUUGUUUCUUAGUUCAAUUUUAAACUUCUGUUCUCAAUUUUUGAGGCUAUGACACAAGCCAGUAUAUGAGCAGGCUCGCAGUGCAAGGGGGAGGGGGGGGGAGGGGGGCAUCGCUGUGUUGCAGGAGCGAAGCU